AUGGUAGACUCGUGGAGACGAGAACUGGAAAAGGAACAUGCCACACCUGGGCACUGCCUGUCGUUUCUGACUGGUAGUGGUAAGCGACGGACCCUUCUUGACGAAGACUCGACGCAGAGUCCGAAUCAGAACAACAACAACAACAACAAAUCGUUGUCUGGAGCCAUGGAAGCUGCUAACCGAGUUGCAAAAGAAGCCGAUGAGCUAGCAGAUACUUCCGCUGCUGCUGCAGCAGUAGAAGAAGAAGAAGAUCAACGAGAUCCCCACCCCAUGGCAGAACAAGACAUGAAGCAGGCUACGAUGCAGCUGAUCAGCAAAGGAAAUUUCAAAUUGGGGGAGUUGGAUUGGGACAAAGCGGGAGACUUGAUUCAGUACUGGACAAAACAAGGAACAGAAGAGAGUGUUCAUCUGUCCAUCAUUUUGUUUGAUCGAAUGGUGGAAGAACACGAAAAGGCCAGCAAAUGGAGCGACAGUCAAAUGAUGUUCUGGUUAAAGGCCGUCAUCCAGAACUGGAACCAAGGUCAAAGAGCGUCAAAGUACACCACGUUCGAGCCAAAAGACAUGAUCGAGCAAGUCGAAGUGUGGUAUAACUGCAUUGAACUUGAUCCAGAAGUAUACUCAAUGAUCAUUGAUGGAGCUGCUUAUAGCCAGCCUUAUCUAGCGGAUUCGCUACUGAGAAGAACAGUCGAUUCACGGCGCAAGGGCUUGAUAUACUCCCACACCUACAACCAAGUUAUCAAGGCAUGGGUCGAUGCUGGAGAUCCAUAUCAAGCGGAGGGCCUUCUGGACUUUAUGCUCAAUGAAUAUCGCAACCGACGAGAGGGCGGCGGAGCCAUUGCUGCCAAGCCCAAUAGGCAGUCGUUCCAUUUGGUCCUACUUGGGUGGGCAAGCUCCAAUGAGUCUGUUGCAGCCGAGCGAACCCAACAGAUUCUCGAAAAGAUGGACAUGUAUUCACAAACAGGAGCACUGGCCAGCGUCAAACCCAAUGCGUCCACAUACAAGUGGGUCAUGGACUGCGUAAUCAAGUCACCAAAUCAAACCUCCGAAUUGAACGCCAAACGAGCGCAGGGUAUCCUUGAUAUCUUGAAGGCAAAAGCUAACAAAGGUGAAGAAGACUUCCGGCCACCCACCGAACUCUAUUCGGUUGUUGUCGCGGCGUGGGGGAGAGCAGGGAAUCCAGACAAAGCAGAAGAUCUCCUACACGACUUGUACAAGGACUACUGUAAGCGGGACCACGACAAACGAUUACAGCCCAGUCUUGAACUCUUUAAUAACUUGCUGAUGGGUUGGUCCAAGGUCAAAACCAAGGCUAAACGCAAAAAGGCGGGUGCACGAGCACAGGCAAUUCUCGAACACAUGGACAAGUUGGCAUCCAGUAAGGUUUUACCUGGGGUGAAACCCGAUUUGCAGAGUUACAACAUUCUGCUGGAUUGUUGGGCCCGAUGUGGCGACGGUGCACGUGCCCAAGAUCUCCUGGAGAAUAUGAUUGACAAGUGGGAGUCCGGUGAAAACACCGUAGCGCCAGAUACCGUGUCCUAUUCUCGAGUUCUCACUGCCUGGAACCGCGGAGGGCACCGAGAUCGUUGCGAACACAUUGUGGAUGUUCUCCACAAGCAGUUUUUGCAGCUUGGAAACUAUCGAAUCCAUCCAAAUCUCAUUUUGUGUGGACUGGCUACCUUCUCGUCGCAACCGGAGGCCUUGCAGAAGGCCAUGCAGCUCUUUCACAAGAUGAAGGCACUGCACGCAGGCGGAGAACGGGUGGACCUGAAGCCCAAUACCACUAGUUACAAGCAUUUGCUGGAAUGUGUGCACAAGGCAGACCUGAGCAAUUGUGGGAACCACGCCCAAAGCAUCCUGAAUGAAAUGCUGGGCAAGUACUCGGCUGGAGAUGAGGACGUCAAACCAGAUGUCGAAACCUACAAUGUUGUUAUGAAAGCUCUUGUCAAGACCAAACAACCGAAACGGACGGAAGAGGUACUCGCUCAAAUGUAUGAAGAAGAUGUUCGAGGCUCCCGCGUGUACCCCAACUUGGAUACAUUCAACCUCAUCUUGACCGCUUGGGCCAAGUCUGGAAUGGGUGACGAAGCAUCCAAGCGGUCGGAACAGAUACUAAGACGCUUGGAACGCAUUCAUGAGUCCAGAAUCUUGCAGAAUGUGAAACCAGAUGUUGUCAGUUACAACACGGUUUUGGAAUGUUUGGUUCAGCCCCCACACUCACCUGACAUUGGUAAGAGAGCUGAUCAGUUGCUGAAGCGAAUGGAACAAGCGGGAGUGGAGCCCAAUUCCAGCACCUACAACCGUGUCAUUAUAGCGCUCAAGAGUAGCGGCGACACAAAAAGGGCCAAUCAACUCCUGCGGCAAUUGAAAAAGAAAACCAACCAGAAAAAAAUGUCAGACGAAGAUUCGUUGAUGCAGACUCCCUCGGUUCAGUGGUUCUAG